CUGAUUAAUCUCUCUCUUUCUCUCUCUUAGGGUUAGGGUAUUAGAUUUUGGAAGAUAUGGAGAAUCAAAAGAAACCCCAUGUUAAUUCUGUAAAUGUAAUCCCUCCAGAUGAUCAGAGAUGCAGGAGAAGCGAUGGAAGGGGAUGGAGAUGCAAGAAUAUCUUAAGUAGUUCUCACAAUCCAAGCUAUUACUGUGAUCAACAUUACAAUUCUGAUUGGUACCAAACUAAACACAAGAAGCAGAUUCAAAGGGGGGAACUUGGAAAACCUACUCAUGAUUCCUCUGAUGAUGAAAUUCAGUUGAAGAAACAAAGGGUUGAAACUGCAGAGAAGAGCAUUGAUCAUCAGUUCAAGAAAUCGAGAGAAUUGGAAGAAGAAGAAGAAGAAACCCAGAUGGUUAAAUUGGAGAAAAUUUUGGGGGUUUGUAAAAAAAAGUGUCUUGAAUUGCUGGCGGAGCUUGAUCAAAAGGCAAUGGAGUGUAUUGGGAUUCAGGGAGAGUUAGAUGAAUUAGAAUCAAUGAAGAUCGCUGCUGAAAAUGAGUUGAAGGAGUUCAAGAGGAGCCAAGAAAGAAGGAGAAGCUUAGAUGGAUUGGGUUGGGGGAAAAAGGAGGAAAGAACAUCUGGAAGAAUCAGUUACUUGGAGGGAGAAUUGAAAAGGUUGGAGAAAGAUAUGGAACAUGAGAAGGGUGAGGUUGAAUUUUGGAGGAAUAAGUUUUUCGAUUCGGAGGUCAGAGUCUUGAGGAUGGAAAAUGGAAGUGUAGAAUCUCGAAUUUACUUACCAAAUGAUGCUCCUCACAGUGGUGAAACGGUAGGAGAUAACGAGUUGAGCCAACAAGGGAGGCAUUGUUCUCGUGUGUCUGAGUUCCAAACCAAAGGUAAGGUCUUGAAUAAGGAUGAAGUUGACAAGAAUGCACAUCGUCGAGUGAAAGAAGAAGUUCUGGGAUGCCCUGAUAUGAGCAUUCCUUCUGGAAGUCCUAAUUUUUCCUGCGGAGGUCAGAAAGCUGAAAAUGUGAAUGUUAGGGUGGAAAGAAGAUCUUUAGAAUCGAAUAAAAACUCUAAUGACAAGGUAGGAAAAACAGUUGCGGUGAACUCGGUUGCAUUGAUUUGUUUAGAUAGUGAUGAUGAAAGUGAUUCAGAAUCUCCUGGUGAGGUUAUGGACAGGAUGCCGAUGAAUUACAGGAACAAAGUAAAAGAAGUGAAAUGGGAAUCUGUGGCCGAUAUGCUUUCUUCUUUUGGAAAGGACUCCGAGCUAUGUAUGAGAGCUGUUUGUGCUCUCUAUCGACAUCAAACCUCUGAAGAAAAAUCUUCGAAGGGGUUGUUUCGUAACUUUGAUGCAGUCAGGAUCAAAACCUUGGCAGAGUUUCUAAUGAAUGGGGACUGCAAAGGUGAGCUACAGAAAUCCGUGAAGGAGUUGGAGGAGGAAUAUACCUCUGAAGCGCUAGAAGACUGCAAGAGGCUAGCGAGUAGCUACUCGAAGCAGUUAUUCAGUAUCUACAAGGACAAACAAGAUCCUUUGUUUCUUCCUACUUCAACUGCGAGCUGUUGAGGGAAAUGGAGUAGUCAGGAUAAAAGACUUUGCAGAAGAAGCUGAAGUAUAUAUAAGUAGUAGUGUAGUGGCUGCAAGAGCUGUCUCUAACAAACUACCGAGUAGGAUAUGGUAGAGGUAUCCUGCUCCUUUUGAGUUGGUAAGUUCCUAACCUGUUUUGGUUCACUUUAUCUAUUGAAGUGAAGAAGAAAAGAAAGAAAAUGUCUUGGCAAUAUCUUGGAGGAACUUAUUCCCUGAUUAAUGCAUACAUGAUUUGAUAAAGGUAUAGACAAACACUACCUGAAUCUGUAGCAUCUUAAUUGUAAUGAAAAAAGUAAACGAGUAUUUACUGUUAUGUUUUAGUAGUCUAUAUGUUGACUCCUUCACAUACUCUAUCUUUUAGUAUAGAUUCAAAGACGAAUUGC